AUGUCUCGACGGCGAUUGGCUUUACUUUUUGGUAACGAUAACUACGGAGGCGACAAACAAUUAAAUAGUUGUGUUAAGGAUGCAAGGGACAUGGCAUCCAAAUUAAAUAGUGUAGGAUUCACUUGUACACAGUCCCAUAAUUCAGAUAAACGGGGAAUGGAUUGUGCUUUUAGAGAUUUUUGUUCCAAAAUUAAGAAUAACGAUUGCAUAUUGAUCUAUUUCUCUGGGCAUGGCAUGGAACAAAGUGGUAAAAAUUAUUUAGUGCCUAUUGAAAAAGUUCAUGAUCCAGAAUUCGACUGUGUAUGUCUGGAUACAAUGUUAAGACAGUUAAAUCGAUGCGGUGAUAAUAUUUUAAAUGUUGUUAUUUUGGAUGCGUGUCGCGCCGAUAAAGACAAUAAUACUUGGAAAACGAAGGGUGCCAAUGCAGAAGAAUGUUCCGAACCAGCAUAUGGGAAAGCGUUAACAUCUUUUGUUCGCCUGCCUACUGAAUCCCAAUUCGCUUUAAUAUUUUCGUCUGAUCCUGGCACAGUCUCGUUUGGUUGUAAAGCAGGUGAAAACAGUUUCUUCACAUCAGCGUUGCUGAAUCAUUUGGUAACGCCUAAUUUAACACUUGAAGAAGUUAUGCGCAACGUACAAAACGAAAUAUUAGAAAGGUCAUCGAAACGACAAAGACCUUGGCUCAAUUCAUGCUUGCGGGAACCAUUUUGUUUCAAUGGAGUUCAAUCGCCAUCAUCACCUGGGACGCGCCCUCCUCUUGCUCCCCCUUCGACAACGCGUCCUGGCACAGCAGCCUCAUCCACUACAUGUUCUACAAGACCAACAACGGCAAGUAGUGACGUCGGUGCAUGCAGCAAACCGGCUGUCGUUAACAAUAAAACUAACGCUUCGAUCAAGUGCCCUCAUUGUUCGAAAUUAAAUGUAUGGAAAGAUGCAACGUAUAUAGAAGGCAAAGUUAUGACAUGUGCAUACGAAGAUUGUAAACGAAAGUUUCAGCAUGUGUCUUGUCCUCAUUGCUCCGGUGCCAACAUAUGGAGAGAUGCCAAUUACAAAGAAGGAUCAGCCGUGACAUGUGCAACUGAAAAGUGUAAAAAAAAAUUUCAGCAGGUUGCUUGUCCUCAUUGCUCGGGUUCUAAUAGAUGGAAAAAUCCAACAUACGCACAAGGCGACAUUGUAACAUGUACAUUUGAAAACUGCAAAAAAAAAUUUCAGCAGGUUGCUUGUCCCCAUUGUUCCUGUUCCAUUACAUGGAGAAAUGCAACGUACACACAAGGCGACAUUGUAACAUGUGCACGUGACACUUGCAAAAAAACAUUUCAGCGUAUGACAUGCCCCCAUUGUUCCGAUAUGAACCUCUGGAGAAAUGCUACCUGCAAAGACGGAGCAGUCGUGACAUGCGGCAACGAAAAUUGUAAACGAAAGUUCCAGCGUGUGAAGUGCCCACAUUGUUCACAUUCGAAUGCCUGGAAGAAUGCCGAUUACAAAGAAGGAUCAAUUGUGACAUGUGCAAAUGAAAAUUGUAAACGCAAAUUUCAGCGUAUGACAUGCCCACAUUGUUCGCGUGCCAACAUCUGGAAAAAUGCUGAUCAUGAAGAAGGCAAGCCUGUGACAUGUGUGUACGAGGAUUGUAGAAAAACAUUUUGA